AUAUGCUUGAUGUAAUAUAUGGCAAUGCGAUUAAUGCUUUGCUGGACAUUCUGUAAGAUAGUACAUUUAACCUGUAUCAAUGAAAUAAAUGUACCACCUGUCAGAAAAUACUCGAUACUGUCCGUCGUUCAUGGAGGAGAAUAAUAACUCGUCGGAUGCGUCGGAUCUGAGUUAGUAACGCGUGACGGCGCCUGGACUUGUUCUCCAUCAACCAUUAUUACCUGUCAUGAGCACUCGCCUUUCUUCUGCUGAAGAUUAUGCAUCACUGAUUGACAAGUACAACACAUGGAUGUUCGAUUGCGAUGGAGUACUUUGGCAUGGUGACCGUCUCAUCGAUGGGGCUGUCGAUGUCCUGCGCCUCCUUCGGAAUCGAAACAAGACCGUUUUGUUUGUCACGAACAACGCGACGAAAUCGAGGAAGAGUUACAAGGGCAAAUUCGACCAGCUAGGCGUCGAGGCACAUGUCGACGAGAUCUAUGGAUCUGCGUACGCAGCAGCUGUGUAUCUGUCUUCUGUAAUCAAGCUACCGAAAGACAAGAAAGUGUAUGUAAUUGGCAUGGCUGGCCUAGAAGAGGAACUUCGCGAUGAGGGUGUCUCCUACCUGGGCGGAACUGAUCCCGCGGAUCGCACUCUAGAGCCGUUCUCUCUAGCCAACUUUGUUCUUGAUGAGAGCGUUGCUGCCGUGUUGUGCGGCCUUGAUACGACGAUUAAUUAUACCAAGUUGUCUAAGGCCUUCCAAUAUCUUACGCGGAACCCCGGAUGCCAGUUUCUUGUUACGAAUGAGGAUAGCACGUAUCCUAGUGCGGAUGGGUUGCUACCUGGGGCUGGGGCUGUCAGUGCGCCCCUGCGCUUCGCGCUAGGAAAAGACCCUGUGAGCAUUGGCAAGCCGGCAAGUACCAUGUUGGAUUGCAUCAAGGCAAAAGUGAACUAUGAUCCCAAGCGCACCAUUAUGGUGGGUGACAGACUUAAUACGGACAUCUUGUUCGGCAAGAACGGUGGAAUUUCUACGCUGUUGGUUCUCACAGGAAUCGCGGCGGAAGAUGAUAUCACAGGACCAAAUCCAUCCCCCAUUGUCCCGGACUACAUUACCCAGUCCGUAGCUGACCUCAACAAGGCGGCCAAACAUUAGAUGAGUUCUUAGAUUAGACGGUAUCAUUGUUGAAGCAGUAUAAU